GUUCAAAGUGGGAUAUUUUUGGAAAACCUCAGCAGGCACAGGAGGAGAGACACCGUCACCGAGCUGACUGACUUAACGAGAGACGAGUAUGCAAUCCGGUAAACGUCAAGGUAUUCCCAUGGAACCCCAAGUGCUGGAAGACAGCUUUAUGUCUGCACCACAACCAUAGUCAAAAAUGUUCACCUUUUCUGGGCUCAUAUCCCUUAAUAAUAGCUGCCAUGGCUUUUUGUAAUGAAAGCCUUCUGGAAGAGUGUAACUUCAUGGAGCCGGACAGCGUGGAGGAAACAGCAGAAAGCCUCCCAUCAGAAGCUACGACUCCUCUCAUAUCAGUCACUCUCCGCGUGACGCUGGCAGCCAUAAUGAUCUUUAUGAUUACUAUUGGUUUCCUUGGCAAUGCGAUCGUGUGUCUGAUUGUUUACCAGAAACCUGCCAUGCGCUCUGCUAUCAAUCUUCUACUUGCCACACUGGCCUUUUCAGACAUCAUGCUCUCUCUGCUCUGCAUGCCCUUCACUGCAGUCACUGUGGCCACUGCUGACUGGAGCUUUGGGAGUGGUUUCUGCCGAGCUUCCAUCAUGCUGUACUGGCUAUUCGUCCUGGAGGGUGUGUCCAUCCUCCUCAUAAUCAGUGUAGACCGUUUCCUCAUCAUUGUUCAGCGGCAGGACAAGCUGACCCCACACAGAGCUAAACUCCUGAUAGCAGGUUCAUGGGUGUUGAGCCUGUGUGUGUCCCUGCCAUCUGUGGUCGGGUGGAGGGCAGGCGCUGCGGGUAUCGGGGGUGCCUGGGCGCCACAGUGUGUGCUGGGAUACAGCGAGUCCCUGGCAGACCGUGGAUACACAGUGCUGUUGGCUGUAGCGGUAUUCUUUGUACCAUUUACUGUCAUGCUGUACUCUUACAUGUGCAUCCUUAACACGGUGCGCCGUAACACCCUGCGCAUCCACAACCACACCACAGAGCAUUCUUGCUUGCCAGCCCUCAACCAAGUCAGCAAAAUGAGACUUACUGGGCUGCAGCGGCCGCCUCAGGUCAAGGUGGACAUGAGCUUCAAAACCCGAGCCUUCACUACCAUCCUCAUCCUCUUUGUUGGUUUCUCAGUGUGCUGGCUGCCUCACACUGUCGUCAGCCUGCUGGCCGUGUUCAGCCGGCAGUUCUACUACAGCUCAGUCUUCUACCCGAUCAGCAUAGGUGCUCUGUGGCUCAGCUACCUGAAAACAGUCUUCAAUCCCGUCAUCUACUGCUGGAGGAUCAGAAAGUUCAGGGAGGCCUGUCAGGAGUUCAUUCCCAAAAGCUGCAGACUGUGUCCCAGAGUGCCAGGCAGGAGCCACAGAAGAGUGAGGCCCAGCAAUAUCUACGUGUGCAGUGAGACACAGUCAGCUGUGUGACACAAAGAGGAGGGUCAAUGCAAUCUAUUGUUUUUAACUCUUUGAUAAGCAAUGAGUUGCUACUACAGUUCACUUCAAAGUAAUUCGGUUCCUGUUAAAAUAAUGUUGCCACAAGAACAAAUGAUUUGUUUUAACUUUAUGAAACUGGAGAUUUUACAAACCCGUGAAUCCCAUCUGUUGAGGAAGGUCACGUGAAACACUUCACAACCGCUAAAAACUGAACCGAUCUGCUGGUGACAGCCUUUUGUCUGCUGGUUUAAUAAAUAAAGUCAGAGCAUUCGCUCAACUUUGUGGCCACUUCAGCUUCUGAAACAUACUGCCAUUCAAUCUGUUUUAUAUCUUCCAUUUUUACUUAUUUUUCUGUUUCACGUGUUGUCCCUGGACUGUUGUUUUGUGUUGUAUUUUGUUGCUUCAUUAGUCUGAAACUCCCGAGCUGUACUGUUGAUAAUAAUUCUGUUGUCAGUUAUGUGAUGAGAUUCAGAAAAAAGAAAAACUCACCAUAUUGAUGUUUGGUGAUGUGCUCAGAUGAACGUCUGACAGCUGUUUAAAAAAGUGUUCGAUAACAUUUGUGUAGAAACACAAGCUGAAACUGUUCUUUUGAUUCA